CCCAGCUCAGUUGCUCGCUAGUGUUAGACGUGACCACAACACACACACAUACAUACACACACCCACAGUGAUGGACGUCAAGGUAUUUCUACUAUCAGCUGCGUUGAACGUGGCGUGGGCGGCCUACACGAUGCCCGCCCAAGACACCUCUACCUGCCCGCCCACCUUCCGCAACAACCACCCACUGAUCUUGGUGUCGAUGGACGGCUUCCGGGCGGACUACCUCUUACGCGGGAAGACUCCCACCAUCCAAGCCCUGGGCAACAUGGGAGUGCGAGCCCCCUACGUCAAACCUUCUUACCCUACCAUCACCUUCCCCAACCACUACACCAUCGCCACCGGGAUGUACCCACCGUCGCAUGGGAUCAUCGCUAAUAAGUUCUACGACCCGGUGUUCCGCGCUGAGUUCCGGUUAGGGAAUCCGGAGAGCUUCAAAAAACGGUGGUGGGGAGGCGAACCUAUCUGGCGGACAGCAGAGAGACAGGGCAAGCGAGCAGCGACAUAUUACUGGCCGGGAUCAGAGGUGGAUGGCAACCAACCCACCUUCUGGUUCAAGUAUAAUGAAUCUAUCCCCUUUGAGCAUCGCGUUGACCAGGUACUGGCAUGGCUGGAUUUGCCUGCUGAAACGAGGCCAUCCUUCAUGACGCUUUAUAUGCACGAGCCUGACAACAUGGGCCAUAUCUACGGUCCUGACGCCCCUAUGUUGAACACGAUGUUAACUCGCGUUGACAACAUGGUGAAGCGUCUGUUGGAUGGUCUGAAGGUGAGGAACCUGUUCUCCUGCGUCAACCUCCUGGUGGUGUCCGACCACGGCAUGGUGGAGGCUGGGGAGCAGAGGGUGUUGCGCCUCGACAGCUACAUCCCCAAUAUCGUAAACAGGACCAGGUUCUGGGAUGGCGUCUUCGGCAGGAUGACCCCUAACGAUGGCUCACAAAAGACCAAGGAAGAGAUGAUGCGUGCUCUAUCGUGCAAGAGACCUGAGAUGCGAGUGUACGAAAAGACGUCACUCCCCAUCAGGUGGCACGUGGGGAGGCAACGACGGAUAGAGGACAUCGUGUUGGACAUGGACGCUGGGUUCUCAGUGGGUGGUGACAACACAUACAAGGCCGAUGCUGGCGACCAUGGUUACGACAACUAUUUCUCCUCCAUGAACGCUAUGUUCGUAGCCCACGGCCCAGACAUCCGCCAGAACAUAGAGGUAGAGGCCUUCCAGAACAUAGAACUAUACAACUUGAUGUGUCACCUGCUGGGGGUAACACCAGCCCCCAACAAUGGCACCUGGGGCUCCCUGCACCGCCUCCUGGCCCACCCUCCUCCAGCACCAUACUCCGCAGCAAUGGAAUUCCCGCCUCCUAUAGCAAAGGUACCUGCAUCAGGGGUACUGUCAUACGGGUACUAUGAACCUCAGGUCUUGUGUGAGGGAGAUCUUCAUGACGAUGAUGAGUGGUUGGAGAUGCUACAAGAGGCACAGGAAGAGUCCAAUGAGGUUAUAAUCAAACACCUCCCCUGGGGUCUCCCUCAGAUGGGCAAGACUGGAGACUUCACCUAUAUGCUGCUGCAACCAGACUUCGUCAGUGCCUACUCUUCCCUGGUAAAAAUGCCUCUGUGGACGAGUUUCACCCUGGAGACACAGAGUAGGGGCAGCAGGGCAUUCAGCUGGAGAAGUGACGUGAGGCUGGGGGUGGACCAGCGAAUUCCCUGCAGUGCUUAUCAGACUCUAGCCCCUCUUCAGAUCUCUCCCCAGCCACUCUUUCCUCCUGAGUUCACCGGUAGAGAUGAGUGUGGUCAGCUGCCUUACCUCAUGUCCAACUCUGCCCCCUUCACCCACUUCUUGACACAGCGGUGGAAGCAGCUCAUUGAUUUUGUCAAGAAAUGGAAAUACAGGUAUGGCAUCAUCAACGUGGUUACUGGACCUGUGUUCGACUAUGAUGCAGACACCUUCGUUGAUGACCUUCAUAUAAUCAGCCAAGGCGGGGAUCUGGUGGUGCCCACCCAUAUGUUCCUGGUGGUGACUCGUUGUAUGGUAUGGGUGGACAACCUCGCUAAGUGCCCUCACAACUAUCUCGACUCCCUGGCCUUCGUCUACCCUCAGACUCUCACCGUCUCCAACUGUUUGAACGCUGAGCAAUUUGCCCGGGAAUUCAGUGCCACCGUUCAGGAUGUGGAGAAGAUAACUGGUAUUAAGUUUUACCCGCACCUGUACUACGAACAUCAAGUGAGACUGCGGUUGAGGGUCCACUCCAACAUAUGGGGCCGCGAGUCCUGGCUCAACAGAAUCCGUUCAGACGUCUUCGGCCUCACCAAGUAGAUGUUACUUUUGUGAUCCAUCUUCAAGGAAAUUGAUUCUCAGUCGUAACUUAACUUUGAAGGCAUCAUACUGCGAGGAAACUAAAAAGAGAACCAGCUUUAAAAGACCAUUAUCUGAUUGGUAUUGUUUUAAGUGGAGCAGUUUCAAAGAGAUGAUAAUGUAUGUAUUGAAACAGUUUCAAAUGGAUCACGUCGUGAUGGGUGAAGCAGGCUCCAAAAGUAGUCAGUGGAGUAGUUUCAAAAGGUAUCGAUGGCUGAGGAAAAGGUUUCAGCAAAAUCAGAGCCUGGUUGACGAAUGGACACUUAAGGUUAGAGACUCGUGUGUUACUGUAGAUAAGACUUUGUGUAGGGUAGAUAUCACUGUAAAUAAAAGUUAUUUGUAGAUAGAUGCACUUUGUAGUUAGAUUACCAUGUAGUUAGUAUACAGUUAUACGGUAUUAUAUGUUUAAGAUUUUCGGAUCUUUUAUGAGACUGAAUCUAAAUAUAGGUCUUGGAAUGUGUGAUGUGUAAUUUAUACAUUAAUAAAUGUUUUUCGAAA